CCCACCCUUUCUCCUCUCCCUGCAAACUCCAGAGCUGGAAAACAGAUUCUCAUCCGUCUUGCAUUCAGGAAGAUGAACAUGCCAGAGGAAACCUUCGCUAUUUAAGAAGAAUCCGCGGACUCUCCAUCAGGAGAAGUCAAGAAGACAGGGGUUAAAAUGAAUGAAGACCUGAAGGUUAAUUUAAGCUGGCUGCCUCAGGAUCAUUUAGAUGCCAGUUCUCCGGAGAAUGUCUCAGCUGCAGUUUCCUCCCUGAUUCCGGUCAUAGAACCAGAGCCAGAGCUCAUAGUAAACCCCUGGGACAUUGUUUUGUGUACUUCAGGAACCCUCAUCUCCUGCGAAAAUGCCAUUGUGGUCCUUAUAAUUUUCCAUAACCCCAGCCUGCGAGCACCCAUGUUUCUCCUGAUAGGCAGUCUGGCACUGGCAGACCUAUUGGCAGGGAUUGGAUUGAUCAUCAAUUUUAUUUUUGCCUACCUGCUUCAGUCAGAAGCCACCAAGCUGGUUACGAUAGGACUGAUUGUCGCCUCUUUCUCAGCCUCUGUCUGCAGCUUGCUGGCUAUCACUGUCGAUCGUUACCUCUCGCUGUAUUAUGCUUUGACUUACAAUUCGGAAAGGACUGUCACAUUUACCUAUAUCAUGCUUAUAAUGCUCUGGGGAGCUUCUAUCUGUCUCGGACUGCUGCCUGUCAUGGGCUGGAACUGCCUCAAAGACGAAUCCACUUGCAGUGUGAUCAGACCUCUCACUAAGAAUAAUGCCGCUAUCCUUUCUGUCUCCUUCCUGCUCAUGUUUGCUCUCAUGCUCCAGCUCUACAUCCAGAUCUGUAAGAUUGUGAUGAGGCACGCCCAUCAGAUUGCCUUGCAGCACCAUUUCCUGGCCACAUCGCACUAUGUGACCACCCGGAAAGGAGUCUCUACUCUGGCUAUCAUUUUGGGAACCUUUGCCGCUUGCUGGAUGCCUUUCACCCUCUAUUCUUUGAUUGCAGAUUAUACCUAUCCCUCUAUAUACACUUAUGCCACCCUUCUUCCAGCUACCUACAAUUCCAUCAUCAACCCCGUGAUAUAUGCCUUCCGAAAUCAAGAAAUACAGAAAGCUCUCUGGCUUAUUUGCUGCGGCUGCAUCCCAUCCAACCUCUCCCAGAGAGCCAGGUCGCCCAGUGAUGUGUGAUGAUACACAGCUUAGGAGAAUGCUGGCCACUUAACACUUUCUUUUCCAAACACUCUCACCGUCUGGUCGUUGGUUAGAUGCUCUUAUUAAAUUCUGUAUGGUGGAUUCAGCUCAGCCACAGGAGGCACUUAACAUUUGUCAAAGAAAACCUCAUUAAUCUAGAGGAGUUAAGUGGCUGGAGAAAAUGGGUUUCAAAGUAAUCAGUGUUUUUAUUCACCUUUACUGUCGUGUACUUUGCUCAGGAUUUUUGAUGGUUUCAGGAGUGGAAAAGGAAAGGUAGAUAUCACAUCUAGACUAAGCUAGUCUAAACUAAUAUCUCAGUUGUCACCUGAUCUUUAAAUGAACCUUAUCAGUAGAGGAAAGAAGAAAACGAGACUUUAAAAUAUUUUCUAUAAUUGUUUAUAUGAUUAAAAUAUAUUCUCAAUACUGCAUGUUUCUAAAAAGGAAAAAAAUCCUUUAAACCAACAAGAGGGGACAAGAGAAAUAUAGAUCAUUGUGACCUGAUUUCAUUAUCAUAAACCCAAUUAUAAACUAUCAGACUACAUUUUAAAACCAUGGCCCAGUUUGGGGGAAAAAAAGGUUAAUCUUGGUAACUACCAUCCAUUAAUCUCCAAUUACUGUUACAAUGACAUCUGCAUAGUUGUCAUUAUUAACUGGACACUUACAUCCAGAUAUUACCACCUAAGUAUAGACAAUAAGCUAGAGCACAAUGUAGUUCAACAAUUUUCUUCUAAAAUUAACUAUAAGCCCCUUUGGGCUUAUAGAUUCCUCCCCCCCCCCCCAUGGUAUGAAAGGGACAAUGUGAGGAAAUCAACCAAUGGAAUUAGAAAAAAUAUUAUAUGAAGAUAAGGACAUUGAUGCAAAGGGCAUUGUGGGACAUAUCUAUAGAAAUUUUCUUUUUUAUAUACAGCUAUAAAUGCACCAACAGUCAUUUCCAAUUCUAAAAUUAUUGUUAGAGUUUUGAAUACUAUAGACUGAAUGUUUCUAGUUCAUAGUUCUACGCUGCAAAAAUGCAUUUGAACUGAGGUCUUCUGUCUUAAUGGUUGAUUCAAUUUAUGAGUGCAUAUACAAAUCAGGUUGAAUGAUCUAUAGGAUAGGAAUUUCCAAACCAUUAUGUGACCCUUCAUAAAAAGUAAAAUGUAAGUUGUUUUCUAUCCAUCCACUUUAAAAAAAAAAACCUGAAAAUGUAAUAAAACUAGGAUAUUUCUUUUCAGAGAGCAAGAUUUUCAUCGUAGUUUAAUAAGGAAAGCAAUAUCAAUUGUAUCAUAACUUAGUGGUGAGUUCGUGAGCAUCAUUUCCAUUAAUGUUGACAAAUACCAAGUGAAGAAAUCCCCAGGCAGAGCAGUGAAAUUUUGGUUCUGUCUACACCCACAACAGCAGAACUUUGAGACAACCAAUUGGCUCUGGCCUGGUGGCCUGAUUGGAAGAGCCAAUCCUUUGAGGUCUCUGCUGAUCCCAUGGCCCUGAAGCUGGAUCAUGCUGAUCUGUUUAAUCACAAGUCACACUCAAAAUGGUUCUCACAACCAUGCUGCAGUUCUAUAGAAUACUGUAGAAGUAUCCAAUAGAGCCAGUGCCAAUACCAUUUGCUUUGGUAAAUCAGUAUUAGUAGCCUGGCUACUUGAAUCAAUAUCUAUUGUCAUGAGCCAAUUAUGGAAUCCAGUAACAGUUAAGUUCUUUGUAAUGUACACUGCUGUGUGACUUAACACCACUGGGUGGUGGAGUUGGGGACCUGUACUAUGCAUGGAAAAUCUAAAUGUCUGGAUGAGUUGGUAAUUUAAAUGUAAUGGAUUUCUUUUAAAUUAAGUAGCAUGCAUUAUAAUCUGGAAAAGUGACUGACAAAAGUGAAAUGGUUUUAUAGAUAUCCUAGGAUGACUCCUGGACCAAGUUUUAAUGUCAACAAUGUGUGCUUUGAUGGAAAACUCCACUAUUUAAAUUUCAUCUGCUUACUUCAAUGUCAUUUCAAGUAUCUUGGUUGUGCUGAUAUGCAUAUAGCAACUCCUUCAUGCUUCAUUAGUUGUCAUGACUAAAACCAAAACCAAACCAAACCAACAAACAAACAAAAACCUACCCUCAUCCCUUGGUGGCAACCUGGUAAUCAUAGUCUUCUCUGAACAUAAUUGGUUUGGGCCUCUAAUGACAGAGACCAAUUGUCAAUUCAGGGCUUGUACCCAAUUUUCACCUAAAAUAUUAUAAGUAAUAACAUGUAGUUUUAAAUUUUUGUAUGCUAAAAAAUGACAAUUUUUCAUUUACCUUCCUAAAUAUCCUCUUGUGUCAUCUCCUGUUCUGAGAAUGUAUAGAAGCUGUUUUUGUCCACCAUUCGCAAACUAGCAUCAGAGAAGACAUAUUUCAUUUAAAAGAAAAAAGAAAAAAAUUGUGAUAAAAAUCAGCAUUCCUUUUUGGAAUUAUAUAGUACAGAAAUAUUGAAAUAGGCAUUAUAUGAUAUUUGACUCACUCUUUCCUCUUUCUCUGAAGCAUAUAUGCUUGAAAACUGUAACAGUUUAGUAUCAGUUUUGACUGAGUGGAAAAUACUUUUGUACCUGCAUCUUCCCCCUUCAUCUGUUUAUUUAAUUUCAUGUUAAUAUAGACUCAGCAGUAUUCAGUAGUUGUCAUAUCAUUUAUUUGGCCCCAAUUUAACAGUAGUAGUAGUAGUAGUAGUAGUAGUAAGUAGUAAGUAGUAGUAAUAGUAGUUUUAGAUGUCCAGAUCCUGUUUUUUCAAAUCAAACACAUUAACUGUGACGAUAGUUUUAAUCUUUGAUGAUUUCAAAGUGCUAAGUAUAUGUAGCUUCUUUGUGUGUAUGUGAAUGUGUGUGUCAGCAGUUUACUUGAUAGCUCUAUCUUUUCAUUAUGACUAAAAACAUCAUAGAAGAUAAAUUAUGUCUACCAUGCCUUUGAAGUGAGAGAUCAUCUUUGUCUUGCUAUGCUGUCCCAAUUCCUAACUAUUAAGUAAGGACCUUCUAUGUGUUUCCAACAGUAACAGUGAUUACUUUUACCUUAGCCCAGUCUUCCAUUUAGUUGCCUGCUGAUUGCUUCUCUUUUUCUGUAGGCUCCUGAUUUGAUUUUUUUUGUUGUUGUUUGUUUUUAAUAAUUUCCUUUCACACUUUCAUCAGUAGCAAGGGCCAGGGAAACAAAUGUAAAUGAAAAUCAACACCAUAAAACUAAAGUCUCGUGAGCAGCUCCAGUAAAAUAUUAGUGGAAAAGGAGAAAUUAUUUGCCAAAAUUUAUGUGUGUGUGUGUGUGUUUGUGUGUGUGUGUGUGUGUGUGUGUGUGUGUGUGUGUGUGUGUAUGGGGAGGGGAGAGAGAUUGAGAUUGUAUGUAUUUAUUCAGUCUGCCAUUCUGACCCCAAUGAACUGUACUUCUGUUUUAUGUUGGGGGGUUUUAAAGCAAAUAUGAAAACUACUUGGUAUUCUAGUAGCUGUGUGGUCUAUUGUAAGCAACUUAUCUAAAUGACAAACCAUAUUGAAUUCAGUGUUUGAAUACAUCUAGCCUUAAAAUUCCUUUAGAUUACAUUUUCCUAAUAUUUAAAGUGUUAAGACCCACACAAAAUACUUCUUUUAUAAAAGCAAUACAGUCCCAUCUAGUGGAAACUGCAAAGUAGAUUGUGGGGGGGACACAGAGAGACACAGCGAGACAGAGAGGGGGGGGGAGAGAGAGAGAGAGCGCAAUAAUAGAUUUGGGAAAACAUUCAUGUGGGAAUCCAAGGUGAAUAAAGGAUUUUGACAGAUCUGUCUUUCUUUGAUGUCAGGCAUGAGUGAUGUUAAAAACUCUAAAUGAACUGAAACAACUUUCCAGAAUCAUUGUUAUUUUGAACAUUUAUUGAAAUAUAAAUGCUUUGUGUGUGUAUGAAGAAUUCAAAACUCCUCCUCCCAAAAUGCAGACGGUUGGUUUAGAGAUUCUAUUAGUACAAAACUGAUUAAGCAGGAACUUCCCUUUAUAGUCAUGAUUCCUAUAUUGAACCCAGAGCUUGUAUUUCUGUAAAAUGUUUUGAUUAGGCAUACUCUUACACAUUCUGUUUGGGACUCCUGUAAAACCACUUUAAUUAUCAUAUAAUGAUCCUAUUUAGACAUCUAGGCACUUCCUGAAACCUCUGCACAAUUCAGCACCACAGUUGGCAGUCUGAAUAAAGUACACACCCCUGAGAAGUGUUAAUGUAGGUCAGAACUGGAAGGGGAGGGCGGUGACAAGUGGUAAGGAAGGGAAUGGGGAGGUAAGCUUCAGCACUAGGACUAACCCUGCACUUGGCUCUAUCUGAUGAGAAACAUUUCACCUUUCUCAGGACCACACAUUUAAAUGGGAAAAAAGGAAAAAGAAUAAUUGAAAACCAGAGAUAUCGUUUAAAAAAAAAACACUUUCAUUUAUGUCCUUGAAGGCAACACAAAAAGGAAGAUUGAAGCAGUUAUCUUGAAUCUAGCCCCAAAACUGCUUUUGGGAGGGAAGGGUUGUGGUUUUUUAAUGGGCUUCUGUCCAAAGAUAUUUAGAUGAUCCACAUUGGUAUGGAACUUACUGAACCUAGUUCUCUUGGUUUCUUUCCCAGGGAGAAAAACAGUACUCUCUUUUGGCAGUAGGGGCUUGGGUGGGGAGAGGAUAUCUAGAGGAUAUCUUUCUCAGGCUCUCCUCAUGUGUAGAAGUAGCAUGGGGUGUGGGGGGGGUGGUAGCUAGGUGGCACAGUGGAUAGAGCACCGGCCCUGGAUUCAGGAGUACCUGAGUUCAAAUCUGGCCUCAGAGACUUGACACUUACUAGCUGUGUGACCCUGGGCAAGUCAUUUAACCCCAAUUGCCUCACCAAAAAAAGAAGAAGAAGAAGUAUCAUUGGGGCAGAACCACUAAGUAUGUCUCUUGGACAGGUCUUUGCUCCUGGCCUUCCCUGGAGAGAGCCUGUUCACAUAUUAUAAAUUAUCACGCAGGGAAGGCAUUUCUUGGCGACUGAACACUUAGAGCAGAGUAGUGACUGAGUGAUUUUCCAAUGGUGGCUGGGCUUCCAUCCAGACAUCCCAGAAAAGCUUAGGAGGUAGAAAGCAUGGUUUGUCUUCCUUCCAAGAUAGUGGCUUUCUUCUAGAGAACUGAGCUAUCCACCUUAGUUUUGUGCAGCAAUGCAACCUUAGAUUUUCCCAGCAUUCUCUUUCAAACACCUAAUAAGGAAACGUGAAGUUUAAGAGACUUUUUAAAUCAAAGAAACAUAGAAUACCAAUAAUACAACUUUGCAACAUUUGGAUGAUUUUUUUAAAAUUUGAAGUGCUGACCAAUUUAAAAAAAAACACAGUGAAUUAAUAUAUUCCUUGAGAACACUUAGGACAAAAGCAGCAAUAUGGGAGAAUUGAUUUUAAAUUCAGGAAGACCUUAAUUCUUGCCACUGAGAAAUACUAGUUGCUGUGUGACCAUGGCUCUGGGAAAUUCUCAAAGAUUCUACCUGAGUUGUCAAUCUGAAUUAGUGAAUGGAAUUUCCAUACUGGGAAUUCCCUACAGAUGAAAUCAUGUGUCUAGAUGAAAAAAGAGCACCCACCCCCCAAAAACAUCUUAUAGAAAAGGAUAGUGAAUUUACCACUGUUUUAAUUUUUAUUUAAUAUUUAAAUUAUGAAAUUAUUAGUAUGACUUUUUUUAGAAGAGUUUUAAAGGUAGCACCUUUGACCUUAGUCUGUGUUGUUAAAAACCCAACAAGUUGAUUUGGUCCAACCCUAGCCCCUAAAAACACACACACACACACACACACACACACACACACACACACACACGCGCGCGCACACAUGCACCCAUACACAAACACCAAUUUCCAUCACUGUUUGCUAUGUCUGGCCCUUCUAAAAUUAUUAAAUUUCUAGACUGGACUUACCAGGGGAGUUCAUUCAGAACCUGAACUACCAAAAACCCUUCUGCUAUCUGAAGCUAUCUGACAAAUAGCCUUUGAAGGAAAAUUAAUUUUAAUUUACUUGUUCAAGUCCUUAGGCUUUCUUCAGGUAUAGUUUACAAUCUAGCAGAGAAGUGUUUACUUUUGUCAGAAAGUCAAUAAACAAAUACUAUGCACUUGAGGAAUGUGGUCAUCAUGUACUGGAGGCUUCCCAAAUGUGGACCUUGAGGGACUAAGUGACCUUGAGCUAUUCCUAUUAAUAUAGUACCUGAUUUUUUUUUUUUUUUUGCGGGGCAAUGGGGGUUAAGUGACUUGCCCAGGGUCACA